AUGGAGGCUCCGGAGAGGGAUCAGAUACCGCUGAAAGUGAGGCAGGUGUGGGGAUUUGGGGAUCCAUGCUGGACUGGUGGAACGAUCAGGGGGCCUGCCUUGCAUGGGAUCCUGCAGGCUGCCGUCACCCUCAAGCCAGCCCAGUUGCCCCUGAUUGGCCGCAAGCCCUUCAUCGCUGCCUGGAAUGUCCCCUUCGACAUGUGUGCCAGCAAGCACAAUGUGAGCGCCAACCUGGAACUCUUCCAUAUCCAGGGCAGCCCUCGGGGCAUCAGAAGGGGCCAGGAUGUCACCAUAUUCUACGCCAACCGCCUGGGCCUCUACCCUUUCUACACGGACGAGGGGGCACCCAUUAACGGCGGACUGCCGCAGAACUGCAGCUUGGAGUCGCACCUGCGCAAGGCUCACGGGGACAUCGACCACUACAUCCCCUCCGAGGACUUCCGGGGCCUGGCCGUCAUCGACUGGGAGUACUGGCGCCCGCAGUGGAGCCGCAACUGGCACAAGAAGAACAUCUACCGCAGGAAGUCGCGGGAGCUCGUCCGCAGGGGCCACACAAACGCUACAGCGGUGCAGGUGGAGGAGCUGGCAAGAAGCUGGUUCGAGGACAGCGCCGCGGCCUUCAUGAGAGAGACUCUGCAGCUGGGCACCCGCACCCGGCCCCGGGGCCUCUGGGGCUUCUACCUGUACCCCGACUGCCACAACUACAAUUUGCACGUGCACAACUACACGGGCUCCUGCCCCCUGCUGGAACGGGUGCGCAACGACGAGCUCCAGUGGCUGUGGGACAGCAGCACGGCGCUCUUCCCUGCAGUGGCCAUCAGGAGGAGCCACGCAAACAGCCUCAGCAACCUGUACUUCUCACGCUGUCGCGUUUUGGAGUCGUUGCGCAUCGCGGCUCUCUCCUCCCUGGACUACGAGCUGCCGACCUUCGUCUACCUGCGCCUGGGCUAUAAGGAUGAGGCCAUGACCUUCCUUACCACGAGGGACCUGAUCCACACCAUUGGGGAGAGUGCUGCCCUGGGGGCUGCUGGCUUUGUGAUUUGGGGUGACUUGAACCUGACCUCCUCCAAGCAUAACUGCUCCAGAGUGAAAUCCUUUCUGGACCACAGGCUGGGCCAUUACGUCACCAACGUGACGCGCGCGGCGGAGCUGUGCAGCCACCACCUGUGCCGCAGCAACGGGAGGUGCGCGCGCCGCGAGCCGCGCGCGCCGCACUACCUGCACCUGAGCGCCGACGCGCACCGCAUCGAGGCGCUGGGGGGCGGGACUUUCUCCGUCAUCGGCCGGCACUCGCGGCGCGAGCUGCGCCUGCUCGCCGAGAGGUUCCGAUGCCGCUGUUACCAAGGUUACGGCGGGGACCGGUGCGACGGCCUCGAGACCCCGAAGCAGAAGGAAAACUCGGCGCCCGGAAGCCGGAAUUGCGUCACUCUGGCGCUUCUACUGCUUCUCGUACCUGUGCCGUUCAACGGCUGACGGGAUGUAGCAGCUGUUUCCAGCGAGCGUGUAGCGUUCCGACACAACCAGCUUUCACAGCGCACACACGCCUCUUUUUCUUUUCCUUUUUUUAAUGAAACAAAAUUUAUUUUUCUAUUACAUACAUGUAUAAAAUGUUACAGAAUUUUAUCCGAAAUAACUGUGUUGUUUUACUGAUUAAGAAAAAUUUUAAUAAAUAUCAUUA